AUGGCCUCCAACUUGGAUGCAGCCUCCCUUUUCCGAGUCGACGGCAUAGUGGCCGUGGUGACGGGCGGAGGCACAGGAAUCGGCCUCACCAUGGCCCGCGCCCUCGCCAUCAACGGCGCCAAACGAGUCUACCUCCUCGGCCGACGCCUCAACAUCCUCGAAGAAGCCGCCAACCUCCAUCCGACCAUCUUCACACCAAUCCAAUGCGACGUGACCUCCCACGCCUCGCUGCAAGCCGCCGUGGACAGCAUAGGGUCCGAGACCGGCUACAUCAACCUGCUCAUCGCCAAUAGUGGUAUCACCGGCCCGCACGAGCGAUGGGACCCGUCCCUCCCGCUCUCGGAGGUCCGGUCCAAUCUCUUCAGCCAAGCGGCCAUGGACGCGACGACCUCGACCUUCCACGUAAACACGACAGGCGCCUUGUUCACCAUGGUGGCCUUCCUGGGGCUUCUCGACGCAGGCAACAAGCGCGCAAUACAAGGAGGGCUUGAAAGCAACGAGUUUGGCGCGCCGCUACUCCCGAGCAGCGACGUGCCCUCGAUCCAGAGCCAGGUGAUUGUCGUGAGCAGCAUAUCGGCGUACAGCCGCAUGGCCAUGUCGGCGCCGGCGUAUGCGGGCAGCAAGGUGGCGAUCUUGCAUCUGACGAAGCAGGCCAGCUCGAACCUGGCGGGGUAUGGGAUCAGGGCGAACGCCCUUGCGCCGGGCUUGUUUCCCACGGAAUUGGCCAGUGUUCUGAUUGGUGGCCGCGAUCCCGGCACUGAGACCCACGAUGACCCGCUGUUCAUCCCGUCGCGGAGGUUUGGCGGCGAGGAGGAGAUGGCCGGAACGCUGUUGUAUCUCGCUAGCCGCGCCGGGGCGUACUGCAACGGGACAGUGCUGAUGAUGGAUGGUGGACGACUGGGCGUGAUGCAGUCGUCCUAUUAG